AUGUACACCAAACGAUCGCACUCUCUAGCAUUCAGCCGUUCUUAUGAUGUAUCCAAAAAAAAGAGAGAAGUUAUUAAACCACAGCUCAAUUUUACAGAUAAAGUGAAUAACAAUGACACAAUUCCAUUUAUACCAAGGAUAAAAUUAAAACCAAAUGCUAUUAGUCCCUUAUCAGAUUUUUUUACGUGUGCAACUAUUGUCAUACAGAUUCAAUAUGGACAAAUUUUAAUACAUGAAGUUCAUAAAAAAUAUCCUGAACUGUUGCAAAAUCCGUAUUAUCGAGAAAUCCAGGCAUUCAAAUUAACACAUGAACAAAUACAAUUACGUACACCACAGGUACCGAAAUCUCUAGAUGAUACAAAAUAUGUUUAUGUUGAUUGUAAAGUCGAAUUAAAUAAAAUGAUGGAUCAUAUUAAAUUACAACGGGAAUUAGCAAUCGAUUUAGAAGCACAUCAAUUUCGUUCAUAUUAUGAUUUCACGUGCCUUAUACAAAUGUCAUCACGAACAAAUGAUUAUCUAGUCGAUGCAU